UCUCUCUCUCUCUCUUUUUCUUUCCUUCCAGUAUUACGAGAUGUCCUAUGGCCUCAACAUCGAAAUGCAUAAGCAGGCUGAAAUUGUCAAGCGGUUGAAUGGCAUUUGUGCCCAGGUUUUGCCAUAUCUGUCGCAAGAGCACCAACAGCAGGUCCUGGGAGCCAUCGAGCGUGCCAAACAAGUGACUGCUCCUGAACUGAAUUCCAUCAUCCGGCAGCAACUCCAAGCCCACCAGCUCUCUCAGCUGCAGGCGCUGGCCUUGCCCCUCACCCCGCUCUCUGUGGGGCUGCAGGCCCCCUCCCUGCCCGCCGUGAGCGCCAGCACCGGCCUGCUCUCCCUCUCGGCGCUGGGCUCCCAGGCCCACCUCUGCAAGGAAGACAAGAACGGGCACGACGGAGACGCCCACCAAGAAGACGACGGGGAAAAAUCUGACUAGGUGGAUCUCGUCCGGUCCGGGGGGGGGGCGGGUGGGCAGCGUGGGGGGGUCCUGGGGGGGGGGGGCAGAAGAUACCGCGUUUAAUCCAAUUCUGGGGGUGGCGGGCAAACUACGGUUCUUCAAAAGGGUGGGGUGAGACAAAAUUGCAGCAAUAACAUUUUAGCCCCCCCUCCUUUUCCUGCCCCUCCUCCAUUCCAGCCCCAUAAACAGGCAUGAAUUGGGGGCCUUUGCGUCCUUUUUUUGAGGGGGUGGACCUCCCCUCCCCUUUCUUAUCUCCCCUCCUCCCUUUAAAUUCAUCCCGAAAGGUUAAGCCAGCAUCAAGAAUAUCCACGAUGCGUUCUUAAACUGGGUUAUUCCCUCCCCACACCCAUGCUGCUUCCCCAGGCCUUUUUUUUGCGAGGAUUCCACGCAAUGGCUUGUCUCGUCAGGCCAGAAAGUUAACAAACUGGGUUAGUUAUCCAAGGGGAAGGAAGGAUGUGGGUUUGUUGCCCGAUCCUAGAUUUACAGAGAAACCAGAGAUUCUGGAAAUUUCCUCCCCCCUCCCAUCACACAGCUGGAACUUUUCAGCCACAGGUGGGGGCGGGGGGGGGAACACCAGUCACUGGUGCCCUCCUAGCCUGUAUGUCUCAACCUUGGCCCCUUUAAGACUUGUGGACUUCAACUCCCAGAAUCCCUCAGCCUCACUUUAAUAAAUCAUGACCUAGGUCAGGGGUCCCAAACCUGGCCCCUUUAAGAUGGGUGGACUUCAACUCCCAGAAUCCCUCAGCCUCAUGACCUAGGUCAGGGGUCCCUCAGACUUGGCAACUUUUAAGACUUGUGGACUUCAACUCCCAGAAAUCCUCAGCCAGUUGCCAAGUUUGGAGACCUCUGACCUAGGUGGAUAGUGUGGAGGGCGUUAAGAUUGUUUAGUACAGGUUGUCCUUGACUGAUGACCCAAUUUCCCUUUGCUAACAAGGUGUUCUGAAGUGACUCGCGCCUGAUUGGAUGAGCUUUUUUUGCCUCAUGGCUGCUGAGCCAAUCACUGCUGGCAAGGGAAUGCUGGGAGUUGAAGUCCACGGUUCUUAAAAUGGCCACCGUUGAAAAACCGAGCUUCCCAGCCAAGAAAACCAUCAUUCCCUGUCUGAUUUGAGAUCCCUGGUUUGUGCCCUCUCCCAGUGGGCAAGGCCAGACUCCAUUGGGAGAGGGCAACUCCGAUAGGGUGAUAACAAAAUAGGUCGGCAAAGUUUCUGAAACCCGCCAGCCCUCUUAAAAAUGCCCCCAAAUGGAGAGAAAUGGCUGACAUGCAAAGAAUGAAGGUCCCCACAUGUUGCAUCCAGCCCCCAUCUCCCACCCACCCCUUUGCGUCCCACUAUCCUUACCAUUUGGAUGCAGGUAGUCCUCGACUUGCGGCCGUUCAAUUAGUGACCAUUGGAAGUUACCAACGGCAUCGAAAAAAGUGACUUAUGACCAUUUUUCACACUUACGGUGUUUGCAACAUUUCCCCCCCCCCCCCCCCCCAUGGUCACAUGAUCAAAAUUCAGGCGUUUGGCAAUUGGUUCAGACUUACGACCGUCAGUGUGUCCCAAGGUCUUUGAGAUCCCCUUUUAAGGCAAGCCAGUGGGGAAGCCAGAUUCACUUAACAACCAGGUUACUAACUUAUCCGCUGCGGUGAUUCACUUAACAACUGCGGCUAGAAAGAUCGUAACGCGGGGCAAACCUCGCGGAACAAAUGUCUCACUUAACAACAGAAGUGUCGGACUCCGUUUUGGCCGUAAGCCGAGGACUACCUGUAUUCUAACGGAGUCAUAGAGGUCUCGGCUUGCCCUCCCAACAGCACAAAUUCCCCCUUGUGGGUUAAACCCCCCUGACCCUCCCCACCUUCCAGAAAUAAUCCUAGAUCCAGCAAACUCGCCCUUGCUUGCAAGUCCUCACCAGCUGUGUUCAUUACAACACAUUACAGCUAGUCCUAGACUUAACAACCAUUCAUCUAGUGACCAUUCAAAGUGGCAACGGCCUCCCACUCAUACGGCUAUUCCCGUGAUCAGAAUCCGGGCACUGAGGCAACUGGCGUGUAUUUAUGACACUUGCAACGUCCCCGGGAUCCCCAUUUGCGACCUUCCCAGCUGGCUUCCGAGAAGCGAAACUGGCGAGGAAAGCUGGAUUUCCCUUUAAUACAACCCCACGGAUUCACUUAACCCCGCAGCGAUUUGCUUAACGGCCACAGGCAAACGGGUAAUAACAUCAGGGGGCGACUCCCUUAACCGCUGUCUUGCUUAAGCUGUGGAAAUUCUGGGUCUCUCCGUUGCAGCCCUAAUUCAAGGACGCUCAAAACAACAGGAUGGGGAGAAACCUCUUAAAAAGACUGUCCCGCACGGCAGGGUUGUCUUGUUUGAUUUUGGGUGGUCAACGUAAGCAGUCACCGGUCCCCACCGAUGAUUUCCUUGAAAAGCAAGCCAAGUUUGACUCCUGGGGGUGGGGCGGGGGGUUUGCAAAGGUUCUGGCUGGGGCCGACCCUGUCAGACUAUCUCCGCAAGGCAUUGGCUAAUUUGCAAACCGCCAGAUCCCACUGGACGCCACGUGUCGGUAGCUUAAUUUGCUUUCUCCCUCCUUGGCGGCACUUAGCUCACAUCUGCCGAUGGGGGCUUCUUCUCUGCGAAAUCCAUCUCGCCACUGAUCCCCCCCCGAACCCCGAACCCUCGCAAGCAGUAUCUUCUGGGCUUUGCAAAGGCCCCCACCCCACAUCCCUCGACACCCCUCCUUCCUGCCCUGCCCAAUCGACUCCUCUCUCGCUGGCCCUCCUCUGCUCCCACCAGCACUGUUUUAGCUAAGCAAGCACCUUUGUCAUUAUGCAUGUCUCUUUGUUUUUAAGGUAGCACAGAAGCAAAAAUUUUAUAUAUAUAUACAUAUAUAUAUAAAUAUAUAUAAAUAUAUAAAUAUAUUAGUUGGGUAUCUCUGGCUCUGGGUGAACCUCUUCAAUGGCGUGUUGUUGUUUUUUUUAACCUGCCUUGCUGUUUCCCUGGUCUCCUUUUUUUCGGGUUUUAAAAAAAAACAAAAAACUGGGAUUUGGGAACCUCUCGAAAGAUGGCUCGACUCCCUUUUUCUCAGCUGGAUUAUUCAGCCGGAUGGUUUGAAAUUCAGGGGGUUGAGGAUGUGGGGGUGGAAAAGGAUGCGAAGGGGUGGAUAUGUCCCUUCCCAUUUCUUUAAAAAAAAAAAAAAAACCAGAACCACCCCAAGGAUCCUGCAGCUCUUUCUAUCUUUCCGUAAUGCUACUUCCCGCCUUUUUAUUUUUUUUCUUCCUCCGAUUUCCCCAAAUAAAAUUUUACGACAAAGAUAAUUUUUCGUGUUUGUAUAUAUUCCUUUUAGAGACAGAGAAGAGAGAGAGAGAAAAAUCUUGUUGGCUCCGUGUGUUUAUUAAUCACUUGACCCUAUAUUAAGAGGAACUGAGACAAAAUUCUGUAUUGAAAAUGUAAUAGCUGUGCCUUUUCAAAUAAAGAAAUCAGAUUGUUGGUUAAAA